CUUCGCCACCAGGAAUUGUGGCUUCAUCGUCCUUCCCGCCAAGAAGGGAAGUCAUCGUUGCUGCCCCGAGACUGCCGCGGCGCCGCUGGGCGAGGCCGCGCCUGCUGUGGCCUCUCUCGCUUCUGACGUGGAAGCCUACCUACAUAAUAAAAGAAAUUUUGAGCCAAAUAUUGGAGGAGAUGUCAGAAGAUUCAGAAAAGGAAGACUAUUCAGACAGAACAAUCAGUGAAGAUGAAUCAGAUGACGAUAACUUUAUGAAGUUUGUAAAUGAAGACAUCCAUCAGUGUGCACUUUUAACAGAUUGGACCCCUUCUAAUCCUGAGCGAAUGUACAUCCCAACAGGCCUGGAGAUAGAACCCCUUUAUCCAAGCUCCAAGGAGGAUCCUGUGGUUUACCUAGCUGAAGAUGCCUACAAAGAGCCUUGUUUUGUGUAUUCCCAAGUUGGGGGCAACCGAACACCCUUGAAGCAGCCUGUGAAUAACUGUGAUGAUACUUUGAUGUUUGAAGCAAGGUUUGAGAGUGGUAAUCUACGGAAGGUAGUCAAAGUGGCAGAAUAUGAAUACCAGCUGACUGUCCCUGACCUGUUCACAAAUAAACACACCCAGUGGUACUACUUCCAAGUCACUAAUACCCAAGCAGGAAUAGACUACAGAUUCACUAUUAUCCAUUUCACCAAGCCUGCUAGUCUUUAUAAUCGGGGUAUGCACCCACUGUUUUAUUCUGAAAACGAGGCCAACGCUCAUAAUAUUGGCUGGCAGAGAAUAGGAGACCAAAUGAAGUAUUAUAGAAGCAACCAGGGGCAAGACGGGUGCCAUUAUUUUCUUACAUGGACAUUUCAAUUUCCACACAAUAAAGAUACCUGCUAUCCAUACACUUACACAAACCUGCAAGAAUACCUUUCUAGCAUCAAUAAUGACCCAGUACAGUCAAAGCUUUGUAAAAUACGUGUCUUGUGCCACACAAUUACUAGGAACAUGGUGUAUGUUUUAACGAUUACUACCCCCUUGAAGAACAGUGAGUCAAGAAAGCGAAAGGCCAUGAUUUUGACUGCAAGGGUACAUCCAGGAGAAAACAGCUUUUGGAUCAUGAAGGGCUUCCUAGAUUAUAUUUUAGGAGACUCAAGUGAUACACAGUUGCUCCGGGACACUUUCAUCUUCAAGGUGGUACUCAUGCUGAAUCCAGAUGGUGUGAUUGUGGGAAAUUAUCGGUGUUCCUUAGCUGGAUGGGAUUUAAACCUUAACUAUACAUCUCUCCUGAAGGAGUCAUUUCCUUCUGUUCGGUAUACCCGGAACAUGAUCUGUAGAUUGAUGGAGAAAUGAGGGGUUAUUUUGUAUUGUGACCUUCAUGGCCAUAGUAAGAAAGAGGACAUCUUCAUGUAUGGCUGUGAUGAUAGUGACAGAUGUAAAGCAUUAUACUUACAGCAACGAAUCUUGCCACUUAGGCUGAGCAAAAAUUGUCCAGAUAAAUUUUCAUUCUCAGCUUGCAAGUUUAAUAUUCAGAAGAGCAAAGAGGGAAUAGGAACGGUGGUAACGUGGAAAGUGGGAAUCAGGAACAGCUUUACCAUGGAGGCCACUUUUUGUGAAUCUACUCUGGGUAAUAAAAGAGGCAUUCAUUUCAACACAAAAGACUUGGAGUCGAUGGGGUAUCAUUUUUGUGAUUCUCUCUUGGACUACUGUGAUCCAGACCGAACCAAGUAUUAUCAGUGCCUGAAAGAAUUAGAAGAAAUGGAAAAACAUAUAAACUUGGAAGAAGUCCUUGAUGAUUCAGAUACUUCUCUGAAAGAAAUUACAUUGGAUCUAGAGUCUAGUAGCCAUGGCUCUGACAGUUCAGAAUCCAGUGACUCUCAGACUGAGCUUCUCAAGUUAAGUUCUCAGAUAAAAAACAAGAAAAAACAUCUGAAAACAAAGAAGGAAAGAAACUCUACCACAGCAAGCCAUCAGAGAAGAGCAAGAGAUACAAGGCCAGAUAUAUCAGAUGACUGUACAUUUGAUUAUUUCAGAAGACAGUUCCCUAAUCAAGAUUUGCAGUACAACUUAGAAAGCAAUAUGAAAGAACGUCCAUCUUUCCAAAUCAAGAAGCCUGGAGUAAACUGGACAGAUGAUGAAAAAAGAAUCUACAGUGAUAAAAAAAUAGCUGAAACUCAAGAAAUAUUGCAGUAUUUGCUCCCCAUCAUGAAAAGCACUAAAAAUGUGCAAACUACUCAGAGAAAACAGAUACUCAAUCCAAGAACCAACUUUCAAAUCCAACAUAAGUCAAUACAAUUUUGUCAUUCUUAGCUAUUUAAUACAUAUGCUCUUUUAUAAGGAAACAAGGUUUAUUAAAUUCAUUAUCCUAAGAAACAAACAUAGGCUUUUAAAAAUACUGGCAGCUACACCAUGUUUGACAAAGGGAGAAAGGCCCAAAGCCUUAAGAAAACAUUGGAUAUGUGAAGGGGAGUACGUUUUCAGGCCUUAUUUGAUUGUUUGUUUACAUGAAACCACUCAUUAAUUUGGAUCUAUGAAUAAAGUAUGCAUUAAUAAAGUAUGA